GGAGGCCGGUGGGCGGCGGGGACGCUUGGGCCUCUGACUUGACCCCGGGGCGCCGCGAGCCCCCGCAGAAGUCGGGCGCCCGGGACCCCGGGAUGGCCGCGGGCGGACACGGCCCCACGGAGCCGCUGCAGGACGCCGGAGCGCCCCUCCCUAGCGGAGCCAGCUGCUCCUAGUCCCCGGCCCCGCCGGCGGGAUGGGGGGCGGCGGGUCGUCCCUGAGGGUCUGCGCGGAUCACCGCGGGGGCAUCAACUGGCUGAGCCUGAGCCCGGAUGGGCAGCGCCUGCUGACCGGCAGCGAGGACGGCACGGCCAGGCUCUGGAGCACUGCGGACGGCCGGUGCUGCGCGCUCCUGCAAGCUCAAGCAGUGGGGGUCGACUUGAAAUUUGAACUCCUUCCCUGCGGCCACCCUGCAAAGCUCUCUAAGGCCUCUUUCCAGUUGCUGCAAAGGAAGGGACACGAGAGCUACGUCACCUUCUGCCAGCUGGAGGAGGAGGCUGCCUUCACCUGCAGCGCCGACUGCACCAUCAGGAGGUGGGACGUGCUGACCGGGCAGUGCCUGCAGGUGUACCGAGGACACACGUCCAUCGUGAACAGGAUCCUCGUUGCCAACAACCAGCUCUUCAGCAGCUCCUACGACCGGACAGCUCGCGUCUGGACUGUGGACGAGGGGCAGGCGUCCCUGGAGCUCCGGGGCCACCGCAACUGCGUGCUCACGCUGGCCUACUCCAGCCCCUGGGAGGUCCCUGGCACACCCUGCCUGGAGGAGGCCGUGGCUGGGGGGCUCCUGACCAGCGCCAGGCUCCGUGUGCGCUGUGCCCCGUCAGAGGCAGGUCUGAACCCAGGAGGGACCGUAUCUAAGCAGGUGUGCAGGAGUGUCCGGCCCGCUCAGGGCUGGAGGGGACAGCCGGCUGCAGAGGCCUUGCUGACUUGGCUCAGGAGGUUAGAGCGUGGUCUCCCCUCGGGGUCCAAAGCCCAGUGCUCUCCCUGGGGCCUGGCCCUGCUUGGGGCCCCGCCAGCUGCCUCCCUUUCCCUCCUGCCCCAGGGACCUCAGCAGGGCUGGGGCCUCUCUGGUCACGGCUUUGGUGGGUCCCCCCUCCCGGAGGCUCUGCCAGCCCUGCGGAGGCCGGCGUGCCCAGCAGCUGACCUCCUGCUCCUCCUGCAGCUGGUGGACCGGCUCCUGUACUCGGGCAGCGCGGACAGGACUGCCAAGUGCUGGCUGGCACACGAGGGGGAGCACGUGUGCACCUUCCCAGCCCACAGACACAGCGUGAGCACCCUCAAGUACCACGCGGGCACCUUAUUCACGGGCAGUGGGGAUGCCUGCGCCCGGGCCUUUGACGCGCAGUCGGGAGCACUGCAGAGGGUGUUCCGGGGCCACAGCUUUGUCAUCAACUGCUUGCAGGUGCAUGGCCAGGUGCUCUACACCGUGUCCCAUGAUGGCACGCUGCGCCUCUGGGACAUGCGUGGUCUCCGGGCCCUGCCACCCACGCCUCGCAGGCCAGCAGCCAAGCGCAGCCUGUCACGCCUGUUCAGCAACAAGGUGGCCUGUGCCCCGGACACACCGCUGCAGGCUGCCUGAGCCACAGAACUGCCACUGCCUGGGAACAGCAGGCGGUGCCCAAGCCCAGGCUCACAGAGGCAGGCCUUGGUCUCUGCUCCUGAACUUUGCCGGCCUCAGCUGCAGGUGAUGUGUUGGGAUGAGGAGGUGUGUACCUGCCCUGGGGGAUGGCUCCCUUCCCCUGGGGGAGGCUCCUUUUUGUCCCUACCUCCUGAGCUAAGACCUUGUCAUCUGGCCUCCUCUGAAACCCUCCCAACUCUUGAGGACUCCAGUCUGAUGCCCCCAAGCUCUGGAAACUUCUAGAAACCUCGUGUGGCUGGCCCCUUCCUGCUGAGAGGAAAUGAGGACAUUUCUACUUUGGCAAAUUUUUCUGGCAAACUGUGUCCUGAGGACCCUCAUGAAGAACUCAAAUACACACCUUCUAAAGCUCAAA